UCUCUGGCUGUUUCUAAAUUCUUUGAAAUUCCAUCAACUUGCUAAACAAAAAUAUUUAAACAAACUGAUUGCAAUUACGGCGCACAUCGCCAAUGUGUUUUCAUGAAAGUGAUCAAAAUUUGACAAGUUUGGCCAAUAUUUGUAACAGAAACGUGCGCUUACGUCGGAAUUGCGUGUGUUCAACGAAUUCCAGUGUGAUUGUGUGAGUGGUGAAUUCAGCGCCUUCCGCCUCGUGCCGCCCCCCAAAACCCCCCCGCUACUCUAGCGGCGUGCAAAAAGUAAAUUUUAGUGCAAAUAAAUUGCUUUGCUUAUCUCGGAGCGCGCGCGUUCGCUUGAUAUGGCUACGAGUGUGUGUAUGCGAGCGUGUGUGUGUGUAUUGGUUUGAGUGUUGUUAAUUAAUUUACAAAGCUGCUCCCCCCAAACAACCCCGCACAGCUUCAGCAGGCUCUUCUUGUAAAUAACAUAUACAAAUUUGUGAAUUUUUGUUGGCGCAGCGCGUGUCAUAAACAAGUGCGAGUUCGUUUUUGUUCACCACGCGCGACCCACUAACAAAAAAAACAUACAAAACAAAACAACCAAUAAGAACAACAGCCACAACAAGAACAAAACUGCAAGCUUCCCCUCCUCCCGGAGAAACCUAGGAAGGCAAAGGAGGCGCUGGCGCUUCAUGUACUUGAAAACGAAAGUUCUUUUGCUUUUGCAUGCAAACGGUUGCGCAUAAAAAAGCAUUCCCAUACACACACACACACGCUGAAAAGAGAGUCACAUACAAUUACAAACAUAGAGAGAGCAAACGCUGCGAGAGCGGAGAACGUUAAGAGAGGAGGCGCCGUGGCCACUUGGCCUUGAACUUGUGCGGCGCGGGAGCGCAGCGAUUGACAACUUUCUGUGGAGACGCAACCCAUUGACGGCGGCGACUUGAAACCCGAAAGUUGCACAAUUCGACUGCAGCAUAGGAGGAAAAUCAGAUGGAAAUCGCAACAACCGCAACAAAGUCAGAGUCAAUUGAAAGUCGCCACAAUAACAAUAAUUAAGUAAACUAUAUUCAGGAAUCAGGAAAUAAUACACCUAAAAAAAAGUACACACAGUUCAAAGUGGCUUUGAAAUUUUGCCAUAUUUACACAACAGACAAAUAAAUAUAUAUACGUAGAUAUAUUUAUUACAAUUAUAAUAUGAUGUUAACUAGUUGUCACUAGAAACACGUUGGACUUUUUCAUGUUGCUCAACAGCGGCAUUUGGCAGUGGAACUUUUUGUACCUGUUGUUUGCGCACGCAAAAGGAAACUUUAACAAGAUACCUGAGAACACUUUAUACAGCAACAUAUUUAUUUAACAUAAAGGAACAACAACAAUCACUAACUGCAAACAACAAUAAUAAUAAUUCAAACAAAAACAAAUACAAACAUUUGCCGUUUUCGAGAAACCGUCCAGCAGAUUUAUAUAUAUACAGAGCCAUUAUAUACAAAGAAAUAUAGAAAGUGAGAGAGAAGGUACAUUAUAUGUGUAUUAAAUAUGCCCAACAUCUGCCGCAACAACAACAACAACACCUAAAAUAAGCAGGACUAAGGCAUCUUCCUACCAACAACAACAACGGUUGCAGCAGCAACAGCCUGAAUAUCAACAACCAGAAGAAGAAGAACAGCAACUACACCCCGAAGACGUGCUAAGGGGAAUAGCUAUCAUCAUUAUUAUUAUAUUCGAGCAUCAAAUCUGAUUCGGAAUCUGUUGCCAUGGGUCGCAAAAAAAUUCAAAUUUCACGCAUCACCGACGAGCGCAAUCGACAGGUGACCUUCAACAAACGCAAGUUCGGCGUUAUGAAAAAAGCCUACGAGCUGUCAGUGCUCUGUGACUGCGAGAUCGCGUUGAUCAUCUUCUCGUCGAGCAACAAGCUGUAUCAGUAUGCCAGCACCGAUAUGGAUCGGGUGCUGCUCAAGUACACCGAAUACAAUGAGCCACACGAAUCGCUCACCAACAAGAACAUAAUUGAGAAGGAGAACAAAAACGGCGUCAUGUCACCGGAUUCACCCGAAGCGGAGGCCGAUUACACGCUCACCCCGCGCACCGAAGCCAAAUACAAUAAGAUCGACGAGGAAUUUCAAAAUAUGAUGCAGCGCAACCAAAUCGCCAUUGGCGGUGUCACGGGCGGUGGUGGCGGCGGAGGCGGCGGUGGCGGUGGCGGAGGUGCACCGAAUAGACCAAUGCCCAACACGAGUUACACGCUGCCAGUUUCGGUGCCAGUGCCCGGCUCCUACGGUGAGAAUCUGCUGCAGGCCAGCCCACAAAUGUCCCACACAAACAUCAGCCCACGUCCAUCGAGUUCGGAGACGGAUUCAGGUGGGAUGUCCUUAAUAAUCUAUCCAUCGGGUACCAUGUUGGAGAUGUCAAACGGUUAUCCACAUUCACAUUCGCCGCUUGUGGGAUCACCCAGUCCAGGUCCCAGUCCUGGCAUAGCACAUCAUUUGCCCAUUAAACAGCAAUCGCCGGGUAGCCAGAAUGGACGAGCUUCCAAUUUGCGUGUCGUUAUACCGCCCACCAUAGCGCCAAACAUGUCGGCGACAGCGGAGGAUGUUGCCUAUGCAGAUCAGCGUCAGAGCCAGACGUCGCUGAACACGCCAGUGGUGACGCUGCAGACACCGAUGCCCGCGCUGACCAGCUACUCGUUUGGGGCGCAGGAUUUCUCGUCGUCGGGGGCGAUGAGCGCGGACAUUAUGAGCCUGCCGCAGUGGCAUUCGGGUCUCGUCCAGCAGCACACUAGGUGGGUAGUCCAGGCCCCGAGCCCGGCGAAUAGCAGCAGCAGCAGUCCCAGCAGGCAAACACUUAACGGCGACCAACAUCAUAAUCUGCCUUGCAGUCUAUCGCACUUGGCUGUCUCGAAUAGCACACCGCCGCCCGCCAGCUCACCCGUCCCCAUCAAGGUCAAGGCGGAGCCACAGUCGCCGCCACGCGAUCUCUCCGCCAGCGGCGGACACAAUCAGCAUAACAGCAACGGCUCAACGGGCAGCGGUUCCAGCAGCAGCAGCACCAGCAGCAAUGCCUCAGCCAACGGAGGUGCCGCAGGUGGUGCAGGUGGCUCACUUAGUGCAGCGAAUGUUAUCACACACUUGAACAACGCCAGCAUAUUAACUGGAGCGCCUGGCGGCGGCGGUGGCGGAGGUGGAACGAACGGAAGCGCAGAGCAGGCCACCAAUUUGAGCGUCCUAAGUCAUUCGCAACAGCAUCUGGUCAUGCCGAAUUCACGGCCCUCAUCAACCGGCCACAUAACACCGACUCCAGGGCAUGAUAAGUAUGAUGGAUAUCCGUACCGCGCGCUUAUGGGACAUAAUGCUAGAUGGAAUUUUGCCGAUUUUAUUAUCUUAAACGCAGGUGCGCCCAGCAGCGAACAGGACGUGCGUCUCGCUGCCGUUGCAGUGCAGCAGCAGCAACAGCAGCAACAACAACAGCAGCAGCAGCAACAACAGCAGCAGCAACAACAUCAGCAACAGCAACAGUUGAGCGAUUAUGAUGCGCCCAAUCACAAAAGGCCAAGAAUAUCUGGUGGCUGGGGCACAUAGCCGGCACGUGGUGUCGCCUUAAGCGAUUAUAAGCUACUACAACAGCAGCAGCAGCAACAACAACCACAACCACAACAGCAACAUCACAACAGCAACAAGAAGCCAGUCAACAACAGCAGUAGCAACAACAGCAGCAACAGCAACAGCAGCGACAACGAUCUGGUGAUGAUGCCACCGCCACCGCGUAAAGAGACUCGAACGUUUCUGAGUGCGGCUGGCUAUGGGCGUGGCGGCUACGAUUGCUAUGGCCAACACUUGGCUGUUGGCUAUGCACCCGAGCAGCAGUAGCAACAACAACUACAACAACAACAACAUCAACAACAGCAAGAUCGAGUUGAAGAACAACAAAAAACAGUUUCCAGACCAGUGCAAUAGUUAUGGGGAAGUCGAGCUGGAAGCGAAAGGUUUUGUUAUUGAUUUAAGUUUAAGCAACAACAAGUGACAGUGUCAUAUCUACAAUUAUUGUCUAAUGUGUAACUUAUGCUAAUAAGUAUAUCUAAUAUAUAUAUGUAUAUCUACAUUGUA